AUGCCUGGUACUGAUAGAAAGAGAUUAGUAGAAAAUGAUCUUGAUGUGCUAGACAUGUUUUAUGUGCAAGGAAUGAGUAAAACAAUUAACUUGUAUGUAAACAUAGAAUAUUCUAUUGGAAUGAGUGAUGGUGGACAUAAAAGUAAUGUUGGAAAUGAAAAUCAUGGAGUAGAUGUUGUAGAUGUAGAGCAAGACUACCAUACUGUAGAUGUAGAUGAAGAGUACCAUCAGGACAAUGUUUAUGGUGAUGAUGCUGAACUUAGUGAUUACCAAUCUGGUGAUGAUGAAGUGCCAUAUUCUACUACUGAUGAUGAUUAUGAUGAUGAAGCAGACUGUCUAGAUGAUGAAGAGAUGAGGUUUCCAGGCAUGAAGUAUGAUGGUACCUACAAUGGGAAAGAGCCAUAUAUGAAUCAAGAUGGAGAACUUGUGUUGGAAGAAAGGAUGAUUUUUCCAGAAGUGAAUACUUUCAGGGCUACAUUAAGGGACUAUACAGUGCAAACUGGUUUCAAGAUAGUAAGAGACAAAAAUGAGAAGUCUAGAGUAACAGCCCAUUGUGCUGCUGAGGGCUGCCCUUGGAGAAUUCAUGCAUCUCCACUUCCAGAUGGGAUCACCUACAAGAUUAAAACCUUAGUACCUACUCACACAUGUAGCAGGAUGAACACAAACACUGAAGCUACAUCAGCUUGGAUUGCUAAAAAAAUGGUUGAAAGUUUUAAGGACAAUCCACACAUGGGCUUAGUUACCAUACAAAUGAAACUGACUAAAAUGUUUGGGAUUGAGGCUUCAAGAAUGCAGCUGUAUAGAGCCAAAAGGAGGUGCAAGGAGGAGCUGGAGGGUGAUCAUGGGAGCCAAUAUGUGUUGUUGCCAACAUAUGCUAGUCAAAUCAACAAAACAAACCCUGGCAGCUUGGUUGUCAUAAAUUAUGACAUACCCUCUAUCCCAGUCUCAGAAGAUGGAGAACAACCAGACCCUACCAUUCCUCAAUAUCCAUUGUUCCAAAGAAUUUUCAUAUCAUUUGAUGCAAUGAAAGCAGGGUUCAUUAAUGAAUGUAGGCCAUUCAUAGGGGUAGAUGGUUGUCACUUGAAGGGUCCCUAUGGUGGUGUUUUAAUUUCAGCAGUUGCCUUGGAUGGAAAUAAUGGCUUGUUUCCAUUGGCAUUGGCAAUAGUAGAGGAUGAAUGCAAGGACAGUUGGUCUUUUUUCUUGCACAACUUGAGAACAAUCAUAGAAGAUGCACUACCUUCUAGACCAUGGACCAUCAUGUCUGAUCAACAAAAGGGCCUUGAUGCCUGCUAA